AUGGCUUUCGGCAAGAACAGCAUAUCUAGGAGUAGGAACAGCUGGGGCCCCGUAUCGGUGCCCUCUGGUCUGUACCGGCUGGCCCCCGAAGAGGAACUGGCGGAGGAAUGUACGGAGAGGAUGAUGACGGCCCAGAUGCGGCAGUUGGAUCCGCUCAAGGAAGACCUGGCAGACUGGCUGAACAAGACGCUGGGUAUUGAUUACAUUAACCGGGAUAAUUUCCUUAACGAAUUGGAUAACGGGGUCGUCUUGUGGCAUUUGGCUCAGAUAAUAUGCGAAACGGCGAGGCAAGUCGUAAAAGCUGGUAAAGUAAAGGGGCCUGCUCCCACAGUAAUAGGAAAAUGUUUUGAAAAAGCAAACAGAAGGAGUUUUUUCUCAAGAGACAACAUGGAAAAUUUUAUAAAAUUCUGCAAGUCUCUUGGCGUCCAUCAAAAUUUGCUAUUCGAAAGCGAUGAUUUAGUUCUACAUCACCAACCGAGGAACGUUAUAUUGUGCCUUUUAGAGGUUUCUCGUUUAGCUACAAAAUACGGCAUUGAGCCUCCUGGACUGGUACAACUAGAGAAAGAAAUCGCGGAGGAAGAGCGAAAUAAUUCCGGAGACUCAGGACUCAGCUCUCUACUUUCCUGGCAGUUCCAAGCGUCGCCCCCUCGCCUGGAUACUUCUGAUUUAAAAAUGAGACACAGCAGUUCGGCUUCUGCAAUCUCGAGCACAUUCGAUAGGUGGAACACUGGCCCUCAUGUCAUCCUCAUACCAGACAGAGGCUCGGGCGACAACACUCUAUCGUCCUUACCGGUUGUCGCAGCCAGUGGCGCCAGCGACGGCGUGCCCAGUGAUAACACAGAAGAUGAAGAUUGGUCCAGGGGCAGCGGCGAAGAUCCCGACCUGGACAUAGUCGACACACCUAGGAGACCAUCGUCCAUGGGUGGAGGGGACACUCCGACGCCAACCACGGAGCUGGACAGGAAGGUGCAACAGGCGGCGAGGCUGUUGCAGAAGAACUGCAACUGCGCCAGCGGAAGGUGCGAUAAACUGAAAGUCAGGAAAGUCUCGGAGGGGAAAUAUAAUAUAGCAGGGAAGAACGUAUUUAUCCGGCUUCUCAAGGGGCGCCACAUGAUGGUCAGGGUAGGCGGCGGCUGGGACACUCUGGACCACUUUUUGUUACGCCACGAUCCUUGCCAGGUGAAAGUCGUCUCCAGAGAUAGCCCAGAUAGGCCCGCUAGCGCUUCCAAGUAUUUACACAUCCGAGCCAAGUAUCGUAGUCCGCCACCACGUGAAUCUGUCACUCGCUAAUAGUAGUAUCGUAUCGUAUUAGUACCUGUACUGCGACACAAAUCAUACUUUCCAUUCUUGUUUCGAUGGGACGUAUUUUUUUAUAUCCGAAAACUUGCCUUCAGGUGCAAUAAGUAUUGACUGGUUUGACUCGUAAAGUGCAUUUAAUAUAUAAUAGCAAUUUGUGUUAAGUUUAAAGAAAACAGAUCAAGUUUGGGAGUUGAUAAUAAAAUAAAAUUGUCACUAAGAAGGAUAAAAUAUAUUACGUUUGUGCUUUGUGUGGGUAAUUACUUGUGUAUGAUGUAACCGAUAUGGUGCACUUAUUCUAGUUUCCGCAUUAAGAAAUAUCGCAAUAAAGUUUUCAUUAUUAUGAAAUUUUCUUUAAAGCACCUAUUGUGUAAUUGUUAAUUUAAAAUUUCUAGUGCAAUGCAUAGAAUUUUAUUUAGUGUCAACGAAAUUUAUGUAAAAAUAUUUUUCUGGAGUGUUAUCGAUGGAUCAAUUAUCAGAAGCGGGAUAACUUUGAUCUUACUUGAUAUAAUUUUUGCUUCAUUUAAAGUUAUUGCCUAAUCUUGUCUUAAAUUUUACAUGGUCAAUAAACUACGGUAUGAUUUGUGUAGUAUUUAGGUUUUUAGUGAGUACCAUUUUUACACCGCCAAGUUCAAAUUCAUUAUUUAAUUUAGAAUUUUGUUAUGUUUGUAGUGUUUUUUACACUAAUUUGUUUACUAGAAAUUACACUAAUUUAAGUUUUAGGGUAUUCUACUUGUAUACGUACGUAAUUUUGUACAUAUUUUUCUACGA